CAGAAGUUCAAGUCUCUGAAGCAAUAGGAAGCUUGAAGAAAAUACAAAAGUGGCCUCAGCUGUGAUGGGGAUCUCACUGGGCCUGCUGCUCUUGGGCCACCUAAUAGUGGUCACUUAUGGACAUCCCAUUCUGAAAGCACCAGAGAGUGUGACAGGAUUCUGGAAAGGGGAUGUGAAUAUUCACUGCGUCUAUGAACCCCUGAGAGGCUACACUCAAGUACUGGUAAAAUGGCUGGUACAACGUGGCUCAGACCCAGUCACCAUUUUCCUGCGUGACUCCUCUGGAGACCAUAUUCAGCAGGCAAAGUAUCGGGGCCGCCUGACUGUGAGCCACGAGGUUCCAGGUGAUGUGUCCCUCCAACUUAGUACCUUACAGAUGGAUGACCAAAGCCACUAUACAUGUGAGGUCACAUGGCAGAAGCCUGAUGGAAGCCAACUGGUGAAAGAUAAGAUCAUUGAGCUCGGCAUCCAGAAAUACUCCUCUAAUACAUUCAUAACCAAGACUGAGUCACCUACAACCAUGAAAUCUUCUUCGGAAGCAACAACUAAAGCUGACUGGAUCAGUAAAGCAGAUGGACAUGAAAAGACCAUUGCUAGCUCAGGAAUGGACCUUCACAAUUUUGCCGCUAUCCUCAUCAUUUCCUUGUGCUGCAUGUUGAUUUGUCACCAUAGCUUAUAUCAUGUCUACCACAAGAUAUCCCAGGUGCGUGCCAAGAAGACGAACAACUCUGGAGAAACCAUGAGGGUGGCCAUCUUCACAAGUGAGCGCUUCAGUGACAAACCAGCUUCCCAGUCUCAUCAGCUAUCUGGUGAACCCUGCCUGGCCCAGCAGUACCAGAUCAUCACCAAGACUCCCCAGGAUCAUGAGGUUCUGGCUACAGAAAACAGUAGCAUCUGCCACUAAUGCUCCACUAAGUCCAUGUCUACUGAUAUAAUUGCCUGUUACCUAAUCAGUUCUUACUUUCAACACAGCUCUCUUCCCUGCUUUUUCUCUUCAUGGAAAAAAACAAAGUACCUACUCUGCCUAUCCUGGGACCCCUGGGAGUGUCUGAUUUUGACUAAGAAUUUGCCAUAUAUACCACAAACCAGCCAGAUUCUCCGUUUGUUCCUGGGCCCUUCAUUUCUGUCGUUCCCCCAGCUCCUCUCAAAACACUAGAAAAUGUGUCCAAAGCACUAGAGGUUUUUUUUCAUUAUUCCUUCAGAUACCACUAGAAAAUCAGAGGAAGCUCUGUUCUGCCAACUCAGGGGAACUUCUAUGUCCAGAAUUACUUCUCUUUCUGUAGGGCCAGACAACAGAUUGCCACGUAACACACCAGAGUAUAUAUCUUUUCCUAUACUGCGAGUCUACUGUUCUAGUAUUCUUUUGCUGUUAAUAAAUAUCUAAUCAUGAUA